AUGGGGACCGCCAUUAACAACAGCAAAGCUUCAGCCGCCGAAAACGACGUCGUCACCGCCUCCGCCCACUCUCCUCCCCCUUCGGACCGCCCCCUUCGCGUAUACGCCGACGGGAUUUACGAUCUGUUCCAUCUGGGCCACGCCCGCUCGCUCGAGCAGGCCAAGAAGCUGUUCCCGAAUACGUACUUGCUGGUCGGAUGUUGCAAUGAUGAGACUACUCAUAAGUAUAAAGGGAAGACCGUCAUGAACGAUGCAGAACGUUAUGAAUCCCUUCGCCAUUGCAAGUGGGUCGAUGAAGUUAUUCCGGAUGCUCCAUGGGUGAUAAAUCAAGAGUUUCUUGACAAGCACUGUAUUGAUUUUGUGGCUCACGAUUCUCUUCCUUAUGCAGAUGCAAGCGGAGCUGGAAAUGAUGUUUAUGAAUUUGUGAAAGCCGUUGGAAGAUUUAAGGAGACUAAAAGAACUGAUGGAAUAUCAACAUCAGAUGUCAUUAUGAGGAUAGUGAAGGAUUACAACCAAUACGUAAUGCGCAAUCUCGAUCGUGGGUACACAAGAAAAGAGCUUAACCUUAGCUAUGAAAAGCGAAUAAGAGUGAAUAUGAGACUCAUGAAGUUUCAAGAGAAAGUAAAAGAGCAACAAGAAAAGAUACAAAUUGUUGCGAAAACAGCUGGCGUGCAUCCUGAUAUGUGGGUCGAGAAUGCUGAUCGAUGGGUUGCUGGGUUUCUUGAAAUGUUCGAGGAAGGCUGCCAUAAAAUGGGCACGGCCAUUAGAGAUCGAAUUCAAGAGAGUUUGAGGGGGCAGCCUAAUGGCCAUGGGAGUAGUAGUGAUGCCGACGAUGACAAAGACUAUGACGUCAGCGAUGACGAUAGUUACUAUUAUGACGAAGAAGAAUAUUACGACCAUGAAGAAUUUUACGAAAGUGACGAGAAACAAUGA